GACGUGUUUAAUAUCGGUUAAUAACAGUUAUAUAAUAAUAGUUACUAUUUUAUAGUAAUGACGACAGUUGAUUUUUUGUACUUUAUUUAAUUACUUGCUCGUACCCAGAUAGGUGUUUAUUUUUUAUUUUAAAGUAUUGUAGUCCUACUUAAACGAUUCAUAAAUGAAGAAUGAAAAUGAAAAUACUUCGAAAACCUAUGGCACAAAAGCCACGGUGGCACAAUUUUUUGCUACAAUAGCGCAGAGCUUUCUAUUAAUUGGAUUGGGUAUGGAAAUAGGAAUGCCCGUAAUUGUUAUACAACAAUUGUAUCAAAAUUCAGACAGUGAAUUCUCAUUAACAUUAACUGAAAUUUCGUGGUAUGGGAGCUUAUUAUGUAUAUUUCAUCCGGUCGGAAGUGUUCUUUCGGGAUUCCUGCUGGAAAGGUUUGGAAGAAAACGAUGCAUGAUUAUCGCCAACUUCCCAAGUAUUUUCGGAUGGAUUUUACUAUACAACACUCACUCCGUGGUUUCUCUAUACGCGUCGACUGUACUGAUGGGCUUGAGCAUAGGUUUCAGUGAAGCUCCGAUAUUUUCUUACGUCGGCGAGAUAACCGAACCUAGGCUCAGGGGAGCGAUGGCUUCUUUGACGUCCACAGCUCCCACGUUUGGAGUAUUGAUUUUAUUCACUUUGGGAUAUUUCUUUGAAUGGCAAACUGCCGCAUUGCUGAGUACACUUUGUCCGAUCACUAGUAUAUGCCUUGUCAUGUUGAUCCCAGAAUCACCUAUAUGGUUGGUUGCUAAAGGAAAAAACGAAAAAGCCAAAAAGGCUUUGUGUUGGCUAAGAGGAUGGGUGAAACCUGAAGUGGUCAAAAUGGAGUACCUCGAACUCCUCCAGUAUAACGAAGUAUCUGGAACUCAACGGUUAACUCGUGAUGUUAAUCAUAAAAAUCUAUUUUCAAAAUUAGCCCAAUUUAAGGAGCCGUCGGUGUACAGACCUCUUAGACUAAUCAUAUUUUAUUUCUUCACUUCUAUUAUCAUUAGCGGUAUACUUUGGAGACCGUUUAUUGGUAAGAUCAUGACAGAAGUCGGCUUAUUAAAUAAUCAAAGUUUACUACUGGUUGUCUUCGCUGUACUACAAAAUAGCUCAUGCAUGAUUGUAGUCUCCACCGUCCAUUAUCUAGGGAAAAGGUUUUUGACUAAUUUGACGUUUUCAGUCAACACAUUAUUGAUGUUUCUAUUCGGAAUUUACAUUAUUGCCAUAAGGAAUAACUAUAUCUAUUCAACUCCUUGGAUUCCUAUAACUAUAUUAUGUGGAAUUUACUUUUUUGGAGCUGCAAUUGUUAUUUUGCCAUGGAUGUUAUUAAGCGAAGUUUUUCCGAACAAAAGUCGAGGAAUCGCAACUGGAUUAACUGCAGGAUUGACAUAUUUACAAAUAUUCAUUUUAACAAAAUCAUACUUAACAGUAGAGACCCUCUUAACCUUGGAAUACACGAUGGUUUUCUUUGGUUGUUUUGGCAUUCUUGGAUCACUCUACUUCUACUUUUAUUUACCAGAAACAGAAAAUAAAACAUUGUUAGAAAUCGAAGAAUCUUUUACAUGAAUACAAAAUAAUUUAAUUUUAAGACCACUAUAUCUAAACCAUAAGUAACUAUUAAGCUACCUUACAAAAUAAUGGUACAUCAAUUUUGAAAUUUUACCAUAAGCCACAAAAUUACCCCAUCUAUUACCCGGUUUAAGGUUGUUUUACUACCAUGUAACUAUUAAAUGACAUUCUAGUUUAUUAUUUUAAGAGUUUUAAAAA